CCCAGAAUGCACCGCUACUCGCCCGCCUGUGUCGGAGGCUGUAGCGGAAAUGCGGAAACGGAAGUUGAGAGAGCGGCGCUGGUUCCUGUGAGAGGAACAAAGAGGAGGUUCUAUGGGAGAGGUCUGAACCAAAGAAAUCUGCAAACAUGUCGAAACGACCCUCAUAUGCUCCACCUCCAGCUCCGGCUCCCGCUGCACAAAUGCCCAGCACACCAGGGUUUGUGGGAUACAAUCCAUACAGCCAUCUUGCCUACAACAACUACAGGCUGGGAGGGAACGCAGGCAGCAACAGCAGGGCCACGGCAUCAUCAGGCAUUACUAUACCAAAACCUCCUAAGCCUCCAGAUAAGCCAUUGAUGCCAUAUAUGAGAUACAGCAGGAAGGUCUGGGACCAAGUGAAGGCUUCCAACCCUGACCUUAAGUUGUGGGAGAUUGGCAAGAUCAUUGGUGGGAUGUGGCGAGACCUAACCGAUGAGGAGAAGCAAGAGUACUUGAACGAAUAUGAAGCUGAAAAGAUUGAGUACAAUGAAUCGAUGAAGACCUACCACAACUCUCCUACUUAUCUUGCUUACAUCAGUGCCAAAAGCCGAGCUGAAGCCGCACUCGAAGAGGAAAGUCGCCAGAGGCAGUCGCGUAUAGACAAGGGGGAGCCAUACAUGAGCAUCCAGCCUGCUGAAGAUCCGGACGAUUAUGACGAUGGAUUCUCCAUGAAGCACACAGCAGCUGCCCGUUUCCAGAGGAAUCACAGACUGAUCAGUGAAAUUCUCAGUGAAAGUGUGGUGCCCGAUGUCCGUUCAGUAGUCACGACUGCUCGAAUGCAGGUUCUUAAAAGACAAGUUCAGUCGCUCAUGGUGCACCAGCGCAAGUUGGAGGCAGAAUUGUUACAGAUAGAGGAUCGACACCAGGAAAAGAAGAGAAAAUUCUUGGAAAGCACCGAUUCCUUUAACAAUGAGUUGAAGCGGCUCUGUAGUUUGAAGGUGGAGGUGGAUAUGGAUAAGAUUGCAGCAGAGAUCGCUCAAGCAGAAGAGCAGGCAAGGAAGCGCCAGGAGGAGAGGGAGAAGGAGGCAGCUGAACAAGCAGAGCGCAAUCAAAAUGCAGCAGCCGCAGCAGUCGCCACCGCAGAGGAAGAGCAAGAGGUGGCAAAACCAGAAGAAAAGGCUGAGGAGGAAGAGACCCCUAUGGAGACCCCCAUGGAGACAGAAGACACCCCUUCCCUGCCCCCACCGGAUGAAACCAGUGAGAGCCAACAAAAUGGUGAAGAGGGGAUAUCAACCCCAGAUGACAAGGAGAGUGGGCAGGAGGCAGUGGACAGCACCCUAGAUGAAGGGACCAGCGACAGCAACACUGGCUCUGAGAGCAACAGUAACAACGUGGAAGAACCCACCACAGACUCUGUAGCGGAAGAGACUGAUCCCAAGAACUGACACUAGCAAUUCACCUAAAUCUGUUUUGUGGUGUUUUAUCUGUUUCUGUAGGGUGGCCAUGGGGAAAGCCAUUCCUAAAUAUAUUAGGCUUGUGCUAGGACACACAUUUAGCUUCUACUUAGCCUGUUAGCCUUCGGCUUCUGUUCACUUCUAGCAAAGAUUAGAGCUCCCAAGUAAGCCAGAGAGUGGGGUCCCUUAGCCCUAAGGACAUAGACACACUGGAUCCUCCUGCAUUUAUAGGCGGUUACAGGAAAGAGGGUCAGCUCAAAUGUGGAGGAGCGUCCACUGUGUUUGCCCUAAUGGGGGUUCACUGUAUUUACCCAGUCAGUUUGUCAAAGCAAAAAGCUGUCAGGGCUACAGAUGAACUUGGGGGUGAGGGAUUGAUAAGAGGCAUAGAAAGUGAAGUUUUUUUUAUGUUAAAUACUUUACUGUUUUUUUUUUUUACAAAUGAAUUUCAAAUAAACGAUUCCAUCAAACAUC